AUGUCUCUUCCUCACGACAAUCCAACAUUGCCAUAUUGGCUCACGCACCACUCAGAUCUCUCCAAGCAUCGAACCACAGAAGAGCUGCCGCGUGAGGCAGAUGUCAUCAUCGUCGGCUCAGGCUAUUCGGGCGCCGCCACUGCCUACCAUCUCCUUAAGAAGGACGACGGCAAUCGGCCAUCCGUCGUCAUUCUAGAGGCACGCGAUGCUUGCUCUGGAGCCUCAGGUCGCAAUGGCGGGCAUCUCAAGCCAGAUAUUUACUUCGGUGCAACAAUCAAUGAGAAGAGCUUCGGCACCAAAGCCGCAGAAGAGCUGAUGAAAUUCGAGAUUGAGCAGGUAUUAGAUGUCAAGAAGCUCGUAGAGAGGGAAAACAUCGAUUGCGACUUUGAGUUAACGCGAGCCAUCGAUGUUUUCACGGAUCAUCGUGUGUUGGACCCUGUUGUUGCCGCGGUCACAGAUAUGAAGACACGCGGAUUCCCAUUUCCAGACGACUUACACUAUAUCGCCGACCCGAAGAGGGCGGAGCAGGUGUCUGGUGUGAAGGGUGCUCUGGCGGCGUUUACUUUCACAGCAGGCUCAGUAUGGCCCUACAAGAUGAUUUUGCAUCUGCUCCGCCGAUGCUUAGAAUGGGGUGCAAGUCUCCAAACGCACACUGCAGUCUCGACGAUUUCGAGAACCAGUGAUGGUCGCUGGGUACUGGAAACCCCUCGAGGUCAAAUCACUGCGAAGAAGGUCGUCGUGGCCACCAAUGGCUACACACUGCUGCCUGAGCUUGAGAGCAAGAUCACCCCUGCCAAGGGGGUCGCCUGUAGGAUCGCGGUACCGGAGGAUGGCAAGCGAGCUCCCCAUCUGAACAAUUCCUACGCCAUCAGAUACGGGCCUGGUGAAUACGACUACUUCAUUUCCAGGACGGACGGUAGUGUUGUGGUUGGAGGGGCCAAACAAGCUGUCCUUGCCAAAGACGAAUACUGGCACAACAACACCGAUGACUCGGAACUGAUCCCAGGAGCGGAGAAGUACUUUGAAAAUUACAUGCAGCGGAUGUUCCAUGGGUGGGAGGACUCCGGAGCCCGAGUGACUGAUAUCUGGACUGGCAUCAUGGGAUAUUCGGCUGAUCUGAUGCCCUGGGUCGGAGAGAUGCCUGGGAAGCCAGGAAUAUUCGUCACGGCCGGUUACACCGGGCACGGGAUGCCCAGAGUGCUUGGAUGUUCUGUUGCCAUUGCUGGACUCAUACGCGAGGAUAUUAAAUCUUUAAAGGAGACGAAUGUCCCACAGCCGUAUUGGAUCACCGAAGAUAGACUCCAUGUGCAAGGCAGCUCUGUCCGUGAGUACAUGGCACACUCUCGCACCGCGCGCCAAUGA